AUGAUCCUGGCUUCCCAGUUGGUCUUCUUCAUCUGCAUCUGGAUCACAGUGACACCAAAUGCUUUUGCUACUGCUGAAAUCAAGAAACCCCACCAGUGCUGCUCUUUUUCAAUGAAACAGAUGCGCAAACAAGAAACCAGAAUGAGGAAAGACGACAGUACUAAAGUCUGGCCCCUGAAAUAUAAGCAACUUCUCCAUAUAGAGGACAAUGAUUUUGCAAUGAGACCUGGAUUUGGAGGGUCUCCUGUGCCAGUGGGUAUAGAUGUACAGGUUGAAAGCAUUGACAGCAUUUCAGAGGUUAAUAUGGACUUUACAAUGACUUUUUAUCUCAGGCAUUAUUGGAAAGAUGAAAGGCUCUCCUUUCCUAGCAAAACCAACAAAAGCAUGACCUUUGACCGCAGAUUAAUCAAAAAGAUUUGGGUACCUGAUAUCUUUUUUGUCCAUUCUAAAAGAUCCUUCAUCCACGAUACAACUGUGGAGAACAUCAUGCUGCGUGUACACCCUAAUGGAAACGUCCUCUUCAGUGUCAGGAUAACUGUUUCAGCCAUGUGCUUUAUGGAUUUCAGCAGGUUUCCUCUUGACACUCAAAAUUGUUCCCUUGAACUGGAAAGCUAUGCCUACAAUGAGGAGGAUCUAAUGCUGUACUGGAAACAUGGAAACAUGUCCCUAAACACUGAUGACCAUAUCUCCCUGUCUCAGUUCUUCAUUGAGGAAUUCAGUGCAUCCAGUGGAUUUGCUUUCUAUAGCAGCACAGGUUGGUACAAUAGGCUCUUCAUCAACUUUGUGCUAAGGAGGCAUAUUUUCUUCUUCGUGCUGCAAACUUAUUUCCUGGCUAUAUUGAUGGUAAUGCUUUCCUGGGUUUCAUUCUGGAUUGACCGAAGAGCUGUUCCUGCAAGAGUUUCCCUGGGAAUCACCACGGUGCUGACCAUGUCUACUAUCCUCUCCGGGGUGAGCGCCUCCACGCCCCAGGUGUCCUACAUCAAGGCUGUGGACGUGUACCUGUGGGUCAGCUCCCUCUUUGUCUUCCUGUCAGUCAUUGAGUAUGCGGCCGUGAACUACCUUACCACGGUGGAAGAGCGGAAACAGUUCAAGACAGGGAAGCUUUCUGGAACAUACAAUAUUGAUGCAGCUCAAGCUAUGGCCUUUGAUGGUUGUUAUCAUGACAGUAAGACUGACAUGGAUCAGACUUCCUUUUCUCUACACUCAGAAGAGGACUCCAUGCAAGGAAGAUCCACAGGUAGCUUCAGCACAGAUUCACCUUGUAUAAGGAGAAGAAAAUCACUAAGAGGACAUGUUGGUAGAAUCAUUCUGGAGAACAAUCAUGUCAUUGACACGUAUUCAAGGAUUUUAUUUCCCAUUGUGUAUAUUACGUUUAAUUUGUUUUACUGGAGUAUUUAUGUGUGAGGAGUAAUUUCUCAUAUAUAAAACUUGUUUUGGAGUCAGAUUAUGUUAACAACAACAACAAACAUUUCUUAACUAUGAGUUGGAUGGUACUAGACUAACUUGGAGCCAGCCAGUCACCUCCUCUGGCUUAAAGAUUUGAAAGCUGACUGAUUUACAUCUAGAAAAGAGUUUAAGGUCCUAUGAGAAUUUGACUCCUUCUCUAAGAGUCACAGGCAUGCAUGUUAUGGAAAAACAAUUUCCAUAAGGAAGGUCUUUUUAACUACUUCAACUGGACCCUCCUUGCUUUCUAAAUGUAAACUAUCUUCAUUUAACUAUGGAAUGAAGCUGGACUGGGACAAUAAUUCAAGGUGAGUUUCUUCCUUAGUGCUAGCCAAGUACCUGAUUACCUACCAGAGCUGAAUCCUCCUAAGUAAGAAUGUCAUCAUCAAAGUGGUACCCCAGACACUCACACAGCUGAGAUUCCCACGAAGAGCCUCCCUCCCUCUUCCAUCUCCAGUCAAGACUUGUAUCUUCCUAUUAAGUUUCAUUUAUUAUUGCUGCCAAGGGGGACAAAAAAAAAAAAUCUAAACACACUUUUUCUUGCCAUCCUAAUGUUAAAUUAAUACAUUAACCUUAGAGAGUUCCCAUCGUGGCUCAGCAGAAACAAAUCUGACUAGUAUC